AUUUUAAAACGAAGGAAGUAGAGUUAAUUGCAAGUUAUGAAGAAUGACACCAACAAUUUUCUUUUUAUAAAAGACAAAGAGAAAAUAUAUAUAUAUAUAUAUUUUUUGGUAAUCGGAGAAAUAGUUAAUUGUACUUAAAAAGGUUUUUCUACUCCUUUCACUUGUUUGUUAUGAUUUCUAUCUAAUUUACCCAACAAACCACUUCUAACCAAACAUGAAGUUUGAGUUUUGACAUAAGAGGACAAAUUUAACAUGUUCAGGAAAAGCAAAAGCGAAUGAAGUUCAGCCUAGAGACAUUAGAGGUUGAAAUGAAAUCCCUAAAAAAUGAAAGUGUUUUGGCAACUCAGAAGUUUCAAACCCAAUCGAAGGAACUUAGUAAUUGGAAGAAGAAGUACAAGGAGCAACAUGAAAUCAAGCAGCAAAUGAAAUCCACCUUGGAGACUCUAGAGGCUAAAAUUGAAUCACUAAAACAUGAAAGUGUUUUGGCAACUCAAAAGUUUCAAACUCAAUCAGACAAACUUAACAAUUGGAAGAAGAAGUACAAGAAGCAACAAGAAAAUGAACAGCAAAUGAAAUCUACCAUUGAGAGAAAAGUGGCAACAAUUGAAUCCCUGAAAGAUAAAAAUAUUUUGGCCACUCAAAAGUUUCAAACCCAAUCAAAGGAACUUGACAAAUGGAAGAAGAAAUAUGAGAAGGAACACGAAAUUGAGCAACAAAUGAAAUCCACAUUGGAGACUCUGAAGGCUAAAAUUGAAUUCCUAAAACAUGAAAGUGUUUUGGCGACUCAAAAGUUUCAAACUCAAUCAGAGGAACUUGACAAUUGGAAGAAGAAGUACGAGAAGCAACACGAAAAUGAACAACAAAUGAAAUCGACCUUCGAGAUACAAGUGGCAAAAAUUGAAUCCCUAAAAAAUAAAAAUGUUUUGGCCACUCAUAAGUUUCAAACUCAAUCAGAGGAACUUGACAAAUGGAAGAAGAUGUACGAAAAACAACAUGAAAUAGAGCAGCAAAUGAAAUCCACCUUGAAGACUCUAGAGGCUACAAUUGAAUCACUAAAACAUGGAAAUAUGUUGGUAACCCAAAAGUUUCAAACUCAAUCAGAGGAACUUGAUGAUUGGAAGAAAAAGUAUGAGAAGCAAUACGAAAAUGAACAACAAAUGAAAUCUACCUUCGAGACACAAGUGGCAAAAAUUGAAUCCCUAAAAAAUGAAAUCAUUUUGGCCACUCAGAAGUUUCAAACUCAAUCAGAGGAACUUGACAAAUGGAAGAAGAAGUACGAGAAGCAACAUGAAAAUGAACAACGAAUGAAGUCCAAUUUGAAGAAACUUGAGGUUGAGAAUGAAUCCCUAAGAAAAGAAAAUGUUUUAGUGAAUCAGCAGUUUGAAAUUCAAUCAAAGGAACUUGACAAGUGGAAGAAGGAAUACGAGAAUAAACUUGUAAAAAAACGACAACUAAAGUCCAAGCAAAAGGCACUGGAGUUUGAAAUUGGAACGUUAAAGGAUGAGAUGAUUGGAAUUCAGUCAAAGGAAUUGGUCCAACUUAGAGAUAAACAUUACACACCCAAUCAAGUGGCAUCAAAGAAAUCUUUCAGCCAUAGGCCAAGCAUGGUUGGAAGCAGCCGCAACUUAAUCGGACGUUUAGGGAAACACCCCAAUUUGGAAACUGCAAGUUCUAUGCACAACAUUCAGGCAACAGCACUUCCUUCACAGGUCUCACAACCUCCCUUCCCCAAAGUUGGAAGUGAUCUAGAGACGAUAAUGGCGCCUCCUUCUCCCCCACCCCCACCCACAUCCCCAUCCAGUCUUGAUUCUGAUAUGGGGGCCAUAACCAUAGCUUUUGAAGCCAAAAAUAAGCUUGGUUUCAUAGAUGGUUGUAUCCCACAACCAGCAACAACUUCUCCAAAUCAUGCAAUAUGGAGUCGAUGCAAUAGUAUGGUUCUAACAUUGCUUCUUAAUGUUGUUUUGAAGGAAAUUGCGAACAGUGUUGUGUUUAUGAAAAAUGCCCGUGUAGUGUGGAUAGAUUUACAAGACCAUUUCUCCCAGUGCAAAUCUCCUCGGAUUUUUGAGAUUUAGAGAUCGAUUGUAAAUCAUCUAUAGCAGAAUGAUUUUAUGACAACUUAUCAUACAGGUUUGAAAACGCUAUGGGAUGAACUUGCCAUUUAUAAAUCAUAUCUUACUUG